ACAACAUCAUCAACACCACCAACAACAACAACAUCAUCAUCAUCACCACCAACAACAACAACAUCAUCAACACCAACAACAACAACAUCAAGACCACCACCAACAACAACAAAAUCAUCACCACCAACAACAACAACAUCAUCACCACCACCAACAACAACAUCAUCAUCACCACCACCAACAACAACAUCAUCAUCAUCACCACCACCACCAACAACAACAUCAUCAUCAUCACCACCACCAACAUCAUCAUCAUCACCACCAACAACAACAACAUCAUCAUCAUCAACACCAACAACAACAACAUCAUCAUCAUCAUCACCACCACCACCAACAACAACAACAUCAUCAACACCAACAACAUCAUCAUCACCACCAACAACAACAACAUCAUCAAGACCACCACCACCAACAACAACAACAACAACAACAACAACAACAACAACAUCAUCACCAACAACAACAUCAUCAACACCACCACCAACAUCAUCAUCAUCACCAACAACAACAACAUCAUCAACACCAACAACAACA